CCUCAGAACACUGUUUUUUAACAACAGAAAGAAUGUGCCCGUGCGCCAGCGUGCGCGUCAACGUUGGAGUGCGCGCCGGCAAGGAGGGGAAAAUCUGGAUGGACAAAUCUGCACCGAUAAAGGCAGGUUAACCAAACGCGCGGGGGUCUAAAUAAAUAACCCAGCAAAUGAGCAGACUGCGUGGUGGUCAAACGCAUGCAGACGCACGCAGACACGCACAGUUUUGACACAGACACACAGACACACACAUAAACGCACACACACGCUUGAGCAGGACACCGGGCAGAGUGCGUUCCGCUGAUCAUCUCCGUCCCUCCCUCCAGCAAACGGAUUGCCUGUGCCACUGACGACAGCCAGUCACACAGCGCUGCUGAGAGUGCGAGGCUGUGGAGUGGAGAGACCGCAUCGAGGAGCUGCGCGCUGUGCAUCGGGAGCGCUGCGUGGGAGUUUUUUUUCUCUCUCUACCUGCCAUUUGCAUUCCUUCUUUAUUCCCAUCCUCGGACGCGUUCGGGCGCACAAGGAGUCCCGUUACCAAGGGGAGGAUCGCGCUGUAUUUUUGCGCGCCUGUGUGCGUGCGUGCGUCCGUGUGUGUGUGUGUAUGUGUGUGUGGGUUGCCCGUUUUUAACUACUGCUGUCAUCUCCGAAAAACCGCGGUGUGGAGAAAGUCAUUGGGAAAUCGGGAAGAAAACGGCUGGCUGGUGUGUGCUCUCUGCCUCGCUUUUUUAUUGCUUUUUUUUUUUUUUUUUGCUCUGAAAGCUGCCUUUCAAGGCGAUGGACUUGAGAUAGUGCGUCUCAAUUUGAGUGUUGGAGGCUGGGAGUUGCCGUCGGGGAGAAAUGCGAAAGGAUGCUUGGAAGCAGUGAAGGCUACAGCAGGUAACCGAUAAGAUGGCGGCCGGGGAAGCGACUGGGCACAGCUACCUGGUGGCUUGCUGGCAGCCCAUUCUGAUCCUGAUGCUGGGCACUGUGCUGUCUGGCUCCACCACAGGCUGUCCAUCCCGCUGUGAGUGCAAUGUUCAAGAGCGCUCUGUGAUGUGCCACCGCAAGAAGCUCAUGACAGUUCCUGAGGGCAUCCCUGCAGAAACAAAACUGCUGGACCUCAGCAAGAACCGCAUUAGAACCAUUAACCCAGAUGAGUUUGCCAACUUUCCCAACCUGGAGCACCUGGAACUCAGUGAAAACACCAUCUCCACUAUUGAACCCGGAGCGUUCAACAACCUUUAUGGCUUGCGGACAUUGGGAUUGCGUAGCAACAAGCUGAAGCUGAUCCAGCUGGGUGUCUUCACUGGCCUGAGCAAUCUCACACAGUUGGACAUAAGUGAGAACAAGAUCGUCAUCCUGCUGGACUACAUGUUCCAGGAUUUGUACAACCUCCGGUCUUUAGAGGUGGGCGAUAAUGACCUGGUUUUCAUCUCCCACCGGGCUUUUCAUGGCCUAAGUAGCCUUGAACACCUGAGUCUUGAGAAGUGCAACUUGUCCUCUGUGCCAACAGAGGCUUUUACCCACCUGCACAGUUUGAUCACUCUUAGGCUGCGCCACCUGAAUAUCAAUGUCAUACGGGAUUACUCUUUUAAGCGGCUAUAUCGGCUGAAAGUGUUGGAAAUAGCCAAUUGGCCAUAUUUGGAUACGAUGACUCCAAAUUGCUUGUAUGGAUUAAAUCUCACCUCCCUGACCAUUGCAAAUGCCAACCUGACCACAAUUCCCUAUGUAGCCCUGCGGCACUUGGUUUAUUUGCGCUUUCUUAAUCUGUCAUACAACCCUAUUCAUACCAUUGAAGGGAAUAAGCUCCACGAUCUUCUGCGUUUGCAGGAAUUUCACCUUGUCGGAGGCAGACUGGCAAUGAUUGAGCCCUACUCUUUCCGUGGUUUAAACUACCUGAAAAUUCUAAAUGUGUCUGGAAACUCUCUUACCACCCUAGAGGAGUCUGCUUUCCAUUCAGUUGGCAACCUCGAAACCCUUGCCUUGUAUGAUAAUCCCCUGGCCUGUGACUGCCGACUAUUGUGGGUUUUCCGAAGGCGCUGGAGACUGAACUUCAACAGGCAGCAGCCCACCUGUGCCUCCCCUGAAUUUGUCCAAGGCAAAGAGUUCAAAGACUUCCCGGAUGUUCUGCAGCCCAACUACUUUACGUGUCGCAAGUCUAGGAUUAGGGAUCGCAAACCCCAGCAGAAAUUUGUUGAUGAGGGAGCCAUUGUUCAUUUUGCUUGCCAAGCAGAUGGAGAUCCUGCUCCAGUGAUAAUGUGGCUAUCUCCACAGAAAAAGUUUAUCACCACCAAAACGAUCGGAAGGCUCUCUGUGUUGCCAGACGGUACCCUUGAGGUGCGCUACGCCCAGAUUCAAGAUAAUGGUACAUAUGUGUGCAUAGCUAGCAACGCAGGCGGAAACGACACCUCUCUUGCUCACCUACACAUUCAUAGCUACUCGCCUGACUGGCCACACCAGCCCAACAAGACUUUUGCCUUCAUAUCCAACCAGCCCACAGAAACUGGUGCUAACGGUACAAGAGCCAACGUCCCUUUCCCAUUUGAUAUAAAGACUCUGAUCAUUGCGACCACAAUGGGCUUCAUCUCUUUUCUUGGUGUCGUCCUGUUCUGCCUGGUGCUGCUGUUCCUUUGGAGCAGAGGUAAAGGCAAUACUAAGCACAACAUUGAGAUCGAGUAUGUGCCACGGAAAUCGGACGCUGGCAUGAGCAGCAGCACAGUGGAUGCUCCUCGCAAGUUUAACAUGAAAAUGAUUUAACAGAUUUGUGGAUUUUAUUAAUUCUGAACUUCAAAAUAAGACAAAUGGAAAAGAAGACAUUUUCUUUCCUCUCUUACCAACCUGUGGAUCCUGGUCUGUUAACAUAGAGUAAUAUGUUUUUUUCCUGACUGAUGGACUUGACAGGAGAGCACUUCUUGCAUUUCAAAGUUGAGAGGGAAUGAAACCACACCCAGCGUUUCAGGGCAUUGGUGGUUUCUACAAGGCCUGUGGGGGCAUUCAUUGAAAGUCCGAUUUGUCAUAAGCAGUUCAUAUUCCUAUGGAUUUAUAGUUGGAAAAAUAUAUCAGAAAAGGAAAAAAAAAGAAAAAAAAUUAAAACACUUCAAACAGCCAGAAUGCGAGGGGCAGAUCAUAUUUUGGCCAUUGCUCUUUUUGUGUGUAUUUUUUAAUUUAGUGGGUUUUUUUGUUUCGUUUUUCCAAGGUUCGAUGUCCUGUUUUGAAUGAGAUUUGUAUGGGUUGAUGAGCACAUUUAUACAACGCUGGUGCAUUUCGAUUACAUCUUCAUUACAAUACAGCAGUGUUACAAUUGUGAACGCUAUGUGCUACAUAUGUUUUUUUUUUCUUUACUUUCCUACAGUCAUGAUUGUGCUGUGAUUCAUCAAAUGUGUAUUCGUAUUAAAAUACCUGAUAAAAAUUUGUUGAGAGAGUAUGCCCCAGAAAUGAGGAGAAAUAGAUAACAUAGAAAGUAGGUCACACUGGGAUAUUCUUGUAAACACAACACUGUUGGUGAUAUCGGUAAGAUGUAAUUUGAAUGUUACAGCAGCUGAUAUGUAACCAAGAAAAUAUAGUGAAUGACUAUGUAAAGCAUAUUACAUGGUGAAUGAGGUGAACAAUGCCAUGGUAAUGACAAAAAUAAAUAUUUAGAAAAUUUGUAGAUUCUGUGGCAUCAAAGCAUCCUUUACUACUGAUACCCAUUCUCAGUGCUGCGCUGUAAAAUCAGACAAAAGGUAUAUAUGAAUUCUGCAUUGUAAUACGAUGCUAUUUACAUAAUUUUGAAUUUAAAACUAGCCUUAAAUUACAUUGUCAAAUGGGUCUCUUAAUAUGAGAUUUUAGCACUGGAGGAACACUCUAAUGUAGUCAUUUGACCCCAGUAUCUGAUAUCAAUGUCAUGCAGCCUUUUUUUUCAGAUGUAAUCCAGACAGUGCACACACAUGGACAGAGGCCAUGAUACAGAAGGAAAUCUGAGAUGUUGUUGAUAUGAUGCUUUGUGCUAACAAUAGAUGCAGUGUCUAUUGUAGAGUUUUGCCAUCACACACAGUGGGCGGUUGUACCUUGAUAUUAAAGCGCUUCUCCCCAACCUUUUAAAUUGCAUUUCAGUAACUGAUAUGGUAGUAUUAUUUUGUGCUCAACCUGACUGAGGGAUAAAAGUUGUGCUAAUGGUUUUGGGUUCAGUGUGCUCUUCAAGCUGUAGAAAAUUUCUGUCAUUGUUGAUUUGUUUUUUUUUUCUAAUGAAGUUAAUGCUUUAUUUAUGAUGAUGCUCCCUCCCUGCCCCAUCAAAGAAAUUAAAAUAUUACCUUCCAGGAUCAUUGACAGGUUUGCUUUUCCCCAGAAAUGUGCAUCGUUUGUCAGUGGGGAAAGAACUGCUGCAUAUCAGCUGCUCCAAGUUGGCCCUGCAUAUGAAAUCUGAGGAUACAGCCUUACCUUUUCAAGUACACACUGUGGACAGCUGGGCUUUGCGAACGUGUGUGAGGAUAAAGGCUAAGUUAUUGAUGAUGGAUGAUAUUACAGAUAACGACACAGUAAUGGCUGGAAGUAUGGACUGAAUAUGCAGAUGGUUGGAGUGACACAGAUGGUUUCACCCAUGGAGCAAUGUGAAGCAGCUUUGGUGUAAUCCGUUUUGCAUAAAGGAAAAAAAAAAAACACAAACACUGGAUAUGGCUCAUGGUUCUCCCUCUUGCUGAUUAUGAAUGCUCUCUUUGUUCAAAGUGUGGCUACUGUACCUAGCCUUUUCUUUCAGUCCCGUGGGAUCCCGGGGUUCUGUUUUUGGUUUCUGUUAUUCCUUUUAAUUUUUUUUAUUUGUUUCAACCCUGGACUAUAUUGACCAUGUAGUCCAAGCCAACUUUUUACAAAAAAAAAAGAUACUUAAAAAGAAAUCUAUGGAAAAUACAUUCAAAUUGUUCUGUGCAAUAAAGGUAAUAUGCAGAUUUUUUUUUUAAUUAACAAAAUUUUGUUGAUGUUGAAUUGUUGAGAAUAUGGUAUGUUGUAUUAAACAAUCUAUGGACUUUUUUAAA